CAUCAUUAAUCGAAUUUUCCUUACAAGUUCAAAAGUUAGAUAAAAGUAAAUAAUAUGUCGGGCAGAGGAAAUCUAUUGAGUUUAUUUAACAAAAAGAAUUGCACUUCCGAAAUUUCAUCUUCAAGUGAUGAUCGUGAAAUAGAUAGCGGUUUGGAUGUAGACCAUUCCGGUUCAAGUGGAGAGUCUCUUCGAUUUGAAAAGAAAAUAGGAUGUGAUAUCUUAAAUUCUUUGGAACACGUUAACAUUUCAGUAGGUCGAGGACGGGCACAACUAAUACAAUCAUUAAAAAAUGAAAAAGCGUCAUUUAAAGAAGUUAUUUUGAAUGAACAUUCGCUUUCUAAAGCUACACGUAUUGGAGAAUCAAAAGGUUCUCAAUUGGGAAAAGAUAUUUCAGGCAAUGAUCUUUUUUACCCCAACGUAGUACACGGAUCAAAAGGAUCUACAAUCAGAUUAUCUUGCAAUUACUUAGAGAUAACUACGGAUAAAACUAAAGGAGUUUUCCAAUAUGAAGUGCGAUUUUUUCCCAACGUAGAUUCUCUUCACUUAAGAAUGAAAUAUUUAAACGAACAUAAAGAGAAACUUGGAGGAUGCAAAACAUUCGAUGGCACGACGUUGUAUUUGCCAAUUUUGUUGGAAAAUCAAAUGACAGUUUUUGUUUCAAAAACUGAAUGUGAGGAUGUUGAGAUACGAAUUUUAUUUAAGAAAAAAGAAGACCUCAAGAAUUGCGUUCAUUUAUAUAAUAUACUAUUUGACCGCGUCAUGAAGACAUUAAGCUAUGUAAGGUUUAAUCGGAAACAGUUUGACCCUUCACGCCCAAAAGUUAUUCCUCUAGCUAAAUUGGAGGUUUGGCCAGGUUACGUUACAGCAGUUGAUGAAUACGAAGGCGGUCUAAUGCUGUGCUGUGAUGUGUCUCAUCGAAUCCUUUGCCAAAAAACUGUAUUGGAUAUGCUUGUAGAUAUUUACCAGCAAAACGUAGAAAACUUCCAAGAAUGUGCUAGAAAGACCAUAAUUGGCAAUAUAGUUUUAACAAGGUAUAACAAUCGUACUUAUAAAAUAAAUGAGAUUUGUUUUGACCAAACUCCGAACGCCAUGUUUCAAACUAAAUCUGGGGCCACAAGUUAUGUAGAUUAUUAUAAAAAAUAUCACAAUAUUAACAUUAAAGACAUUAACCAACCUCUGCUUCUUAGCAUCAAAAAGUCAAGAGUAAACACUGACGAAAAUGAAAAUAUACAGUUCGGCUUAAUACCUGAACUUUGUUACCUUACUGGACUGCGUGAUGAUAUUCGGUCAGACAAUAAACUUAUGCGUGAAAUUGCUACAUUUACAAGAGUUUCUCCAAAUCAACGCCAAAUGGCCUUAGAUAAGUUUUUCGACAAUGUUUCUAAGACCCCUGCAGCAAGAGAAAUUCUGGAAAGUUGGGGGCUUUCGCUUACAAAAAACUGCAACAUACUAAAAGGACGACAAUUGGACAUAGAACAAAUCUAUUUUUCCAAACAGACGGUGUCUGCCGGAAAAAACGCAGAGUUUUCAAAAUAUGCUGCAAAUACUGAAAUGUUCCAUGUUGUGCACAUUCAAAAAUGGAUAUUAAUCCAUUUGAGAAAUGAUCUAAAAGCCGCAAAUAACCUACUUGAUAAUAUAAAGCAAUGCUGUAAGUCACUCGGGAUAAAUGUUUCUAAGCCAACAAUGAUUUCAUUAGAUCAUGAUCGAAUCGAUGCUUAUAUUCAAGCUCUACGCCGAAAUAUAGAUUUAAAUUCACAAAUCGUCGUCUGUAUAUGUCAUAAUAGUAGAGAAGAUCGAUACUCUGCAAUAAAAAAAAUAUGUUGUUCAGAAUUGCCCAUACCAUCACAGGUUAUAAACGCAAAAACCUUAUUGAAUGAAACAAAAAAUCGUUCAAUUGUUCAAAAAAUUGUGUUACAAAUGAAUUGUAAAAUUGGAGGAUCCUUGUGGACCGUUAAAAUUCCAUUUAAAAAUGUAAUGAUAUGCGGAAUUGACUCUUAUCACGACCCAUCUAAUAAAGGGAGUUCUGUUGCAGCAUUUGUGGCGUCUAUGAAUUCAUCGUAUACACAAUGGUACAGCAAAGCUAUAGUACAAACAAGAUGUGAAGAAAUCGUUAAUGGGCUAACUGCCUGUUUUGAAGAUGCACUAAAAAUGUACGAAAAACGAAAUGGCUAUUUACCAGAGAGUGUUAUUAUUUACAGGGAUGGAAUCGGAGAUGGUCAGUUAAAUAUCUGUUCUAAAUACGAAAUUUCUCAAUUUGAAAGUGUAUGCAGAGAUCGAAUAAAAAUAUCUUUUAUUGUAGUACAAAAGAGAAUAAAUACAAGGCUUUUUUCGGGAAGCAACAACAAUUGUGACAAUCCGUCGCCAGGAACAAUAGUCGAUAACCAUAUAACUAGAGCUAAAAUGUUUGAUUUCUUUUUGGUUUCGCAAUUGGUUCGACAGGGUACUGUUACCCCUACUCAUUUUGUUGUUUUACGAGAUGGCGCGAACUAUGGGCCAGAUAUCAUACAAAAAUUAAGCUACAAACUGUGUUUUUUAUACUACAAUUGGCCCGGCACUGUACGAAUUCCGGCUUGUUGUAUGUACGCUCACAAAUUGGCUUAUUUAAUUGGACAAAGUAUUCAACGGGAUAUAGCUGACACGCUUUUGGAUAAGCUAUUCUAUCUUUAACUUUGUAAAAAUUUUCUGUUCCUAAUAAACUAAAAAAGCAGAAA